AUUUACAUUAUGAAAGCAAUAUCCAUACCUAACCCAAACCCAUUUACAAACCCCCAAACCCAUAUACACUUCAUCCAAAUCCUACCCAUACUAAAUGGAUCUAUUUGGAUUUGGAUAAAAUUACCCAUGGGUGGGUAAUUGCCAUCCCUGCUUGUGGAUUUUAGAGUUAAUAGAAGUUAUGACUUAAAUUUGACCUAAAUAUGAGAAAAAUAUGUUUUGUUUUAGCAAAAUCCUAACUUUCAAGAAACAAGAAGGGAAAAACAUAUUCUGUAUACUGAUCAAUUAUGAAUUCUGAAGCUGCCGAUGAAAUCAACAAUGAGGGAUUCCUGCAAUUCGAUUUCGAAACGAUCAGAGCCGCCACAAAUGAUUUUGGUCAUGAUAGCAAGCUUGGAGAAGGCGGAUUUGGAGUUGUUUACAAGGGAAUUCUGCCAAAUGAGCAAGAAGUAGCUGUGAAGAGAUUGGGAAGAAAUUCAAGACAAGGGGACAUAGAAUUCAAAAAUGAAGCAAAUCUAGUGGCCAAACUCCAACAUAGGAAUUUGGUUAGACUUUUGGGCUUUUGCUUAGAAGGCGGAGAGAGGCUUCUCAUCUACGAGUUCAUCCCGAAUGCCAGCCUCGACCAUUUCCUCUUUGACGUGGAAAAACGGAAGGAUUUGACCUGGGAAAGACGGUACAAGAUUAUUAGAGGCAUCACACGAGGGAUGCUUUAUCUCCACGAGGACUCUCGACUAAGGAUCAUCCAUCGCGAUCUGAAAGCCAGCAACAUUUUGUUAGACACUGAGAUGGACCCCAAGAUUUCAGAUUUUGGGAUGGCUCGGUUGUUUGAUAUGGAUGAGACCGAGGGAAAUACUAGCAGAAUCGUUGGGACUUACGGAUAUAUGGCUCCGGAAUAUGCAAUGCACGGACAGUUUUCUGUGAAGUCGGACGUGUUCAGUUUCGGAGUGCUCGUUUUGGAGAUUGUGAGUGGCCAUAAAAGCAGUUAUGUCCAUCGCGACUCCAUGGAGAACCUUUUAAGUUAUGUGAGUGUCCAGAUUCUCUGCGCCGAGAUCGCGAGAUGCAUCCACAUCGGGUUGUUGUGCGUGCAGGAGAACGUCAACGACCGGCCGACCAUGGCCUCCGUUGCUCUGAUGCUCAGCAGCCACGCCGUGACUCUGCCGCUGCCUUCCAAGCCGGCCUUCUUCAUCCCCACCGCCGGAGCGGGUUCUAGUUCAUGGAGUUACAGCAACAGCACUUCGAGGGAUGGAAUUACUAAUAGUGGCUCUUCCCUUUCUGUUGAAGCUCUUCCUUUCUCGAGAAGUGACGCUUCUAUGACCGAGCUUUAUCCUCGUUGA